AUGCCUCCGAUUUCGCAAAGGGUUCUCCGCGCCGAGGAACAUUUGCUUGGUAUCGAGCUUCGCCGACCCUUUGAAAUGGUAGGGCAAGAAUAUUUCCUAUGGAAGAUCCGCUCAGAGCGAGAGGGAAUCCAUCGCAGCCAAAUAUACGUGGCCGCCGUGAUGCUCACGUACUCGCCGUCAAUCCUAACCAUCGAGAACCUGCCGCGGAUGGACGUCGAUGACUUCCACGACACAUGCAACAAAUCAGUGUCUUUGUACAUUCCUCGAUACAGGAGGUGGAGUUUGCUCUUUACGGUUCUUCACAACUACAUCUACCGACGAUGGUUUCGACCGUACCAGAGCGAGAUCGAACAUCAACGCUUCCUCUGCAAGUUUAUCGCUCCUCGCGACCUGGGCAAUAAAGGACGCCCUUCGCAGACGUCUAUCCAGAGCAUAAUCUCCCUCCACGAAGCUAUAUGCGCAGAGGUUGACGCACGAAGCCGCCACUACGAAGACCUGCGCCGUCGCUUCAACGAGCCAUAUGCGAUACUGACGGAGCUCCCUGCGCGACCAGCUCUUUACGUCCUUCAGCCGCUAUUCAAAGCACUGCUCAUGAUAUUUUGUUCCAAAGAGUAUCGUGGAGAAGACUCGACUCAGGUUGCAAAGCUCCCAGUCUAUCUAGUUCGCACCGGCGUCGAAAAGGGUCUCAGCGCCCCCAUAUCUUUCUUGCCCAUCGCAGCCAAGAUAGAUGUCUAUCUACGGGCCGGUCAAGGAACUGUGAGGACCUCUCUCGAAACGGCCAUAGGCUUUAUGAUGGACUUGGAAAGGAGAGAGAGGGAUGCCUUUGGUCUUCGUCCCGACCCGUGGAGACCCGACACUUGGACGAUGAAUUGGUUUCAAACACCCAUCGGAGCUGGACGGUUGGUUGGACCGAGCUCGUGGCUUGUUAAUAGUGAAGAGAGAAGUGGCUGGGACGGAGAUGGUUUUGAUGUUGAUCGUAUGUUGAAAGCUCUAGAAGAGCAGGAGCUGGAAAACAACGGUGGCCAUUGCUCAGGUGCUGUUCGAGGUUAG